AUGCGAGCCCCAUCAACUCUGCUGCGGCAAGUCGCUGCUACCCGCGCUCAGAUUGCUGCUCCUACAUAUGCCACCAUCCGCACGUUCUCAGUCUCAAGCAACCUCCAGUCGCCCUCCAUUCCUACUGAGAUCCAGCUUGCCAACAAGGUUGUCGUUGAUGAUUCGCCUAACUAUGCCCCCAGUGACCUGUACCCUUCCGAAGGUACUUUCGUUCCUUCCAGUACUAAGCCCUCGCUGGCCACAGGCCGCCCCGUGCCCCUCAACGUCAAGCUCAAUGAGUACGCACCAUUGCGUCAUCCUAAAACACACGGCCAUCUUGUUGCUGAGAUCCAGAUGCGUGCUUUCGAGACCCAAGAUCUCGACUUCUUUGCUGACUUUGCUCUGCGUGCCGCUUUUUACCUCAAAAUGCCUGUCUCUGGUGUUAUUCCUCUGCCCACCCGCCGCGAACGCUGGACUGUCAUCCGCUCACCCUUUGUCCACGCCAAAUCAAAGGAGAAUUUUGAGCGCCGCACCCACAAGCGCGUCAUCAAGGUCUACGACUCUAACCCAGAAGUUAUUGAAACUUGGCUCGCUACCCUCCAAAAGCAUUCCAUGUCUGGUAUCGGUAUGAAGGCUCAUAUGUAUACCCGUGAAGAUAUCAAUGUCGUCAAGUCUCUUGACAACCAAAAGCUUACCAGCAUGACCCCUGAGGAAUUGGCUGCAGAGCAGGAACAUCUUCAUUCCAUUUCCUCUUUCAACCCCACAAACGUUCACUUUGGCAACGAUGUCAACCGCAAGGUUGCCAAGGAAGUCAUCAAGCUGUUAUCUGACCCCGUCUUCAAGCCUCACCUUGAUGAGUCCAACAAGGACACUUCUCCUGGUGCUCCCGAGUUGGCCAUUAAAGAAGAGAAAUAG